GUUGCGAUCGAAAAGCACAUAGUGUUGGAGAAAAUUCUGUCUGAACCAAAAAUGUCCGGAACCAGAACACAGAUUGCGGAUUCGUCUACGUCACCACCACUGAGUGACAACCGGCGUUUGGACUACUCGAGUCUGAAGUUCGCGUAUGUGGACGGUUCUGAUGAUGAGACGUUGAGCACGGAGCUGCCGUCGUGCGUCUACGCUGCAGCCCGCAGUAGACUGCAACUGCCCCUAGCCGCGUAUGUCCACCAGCACACGAGACAACUACAUGCAGACGCCAUGCUGGAGUCAUCGGUGGAGCCGGAGUUCAGCUGUGGUUCGCCGUACCGCGUGCAGCGAGCUGCGGCCAACGUGCGCGAGCGCCGGCGCAUGCUGAGGUCCGGACCCAAUGGCAGUAUAAACUCGGCGUUCGACGAACUGCGAGUCCACGUGCCGACGUUCCCCUACGAGAAGCGCCUCAGCAAGAUCGAUACGCUGCGCCUCGCGAUCGCCUACAUCGCCUUGCUCAGGGAGGUUUUGGAUGCAGACUAUGAUCCACUAACUUACGUAGAGAAGUGUCUACGUGGAGAGAUAAAGGCGGAUAGGGCUCAUUGGAACACAAGUGAUCUGACGGCGAGGCUGUCAUGGAUAAACUGGGAGAACCUUGGCGUCAACCCUCAGAGGCGGAGUGUCCUUACCUCCUUGGCGCUCAGCUCAGAAAAUCUGCAGUACCCUCACAAUUAAUUGCAAGAUCUCAAACCAUUAAGUUUUUGAAUUUAAAAAUAGAAAUGGAACACGUAGCGGCCCCUCCAGGUUGGCCAAUGAUGGAAAAAUAGAGAC